AUGAACCAGCCCAGGCCCCGCUACGUGGUGGACAGAGCUGCAUACUCCCUCACUCUCUUCGAUGAGGAGUUUGAGAAGAAGGACCGGACGUACCCACUGGGAGAGAAACUUCGCAAUGCCUUCAGAUGUUCCUCGGCCAAGAUGAAAACCAUGGUUCUGGGGUUACUGCCAGUGCUCUCCUGGCUCCCCAAGUAUAAGAUCAAAGACUACAUCAUCCCUGACCUGCUCGGAGGACUCAGUGGGGGCUCCAUCCAGGUCCCACAAGGCAUGGCGUUUGCUCUGCUGGCCAACCUUCCUCCAGUCAACGGCCUCUACUCCUCUUUCUUCCCCCUCCUGACGUACUUUUUUCUGGGAGGUAUCCACCAGAUGGUUCCAGGUACCUUUGCCGUUAUCAGCAUCCUGGUGGGUAACAUCUGUAUGCAGCUAGCCCCAGAGUCGAAAUUUCAGACCUACAACAAAACCACCAACAAGAGCUUCGUGGAUAUUGAGGCCAUGGAUGCGGAGCGGCUACACGUGUCUGCAACACUGGCCUGCCUGACAGCUCUCAUUCAGAUGGGUCUGGGCCUGGUGCAGUUUGGCUUUGUGGCCAUCUACCUCUCCGAGUCCUUCAUCCGGGGCUUUAUGACAGCUGCUGGCCUGCAGAUCCUGAUCUCAGUGCUCAAGUACAUCUUUGGAUUGACCAUCCCCUCCUACACAGGCCCAGGGUCCAUCGUCUUUACCUUCAUUGACAUUUGCAAAGGCCUCCCUCAUACGAACCUGGCUUCGCUGAUCUUUGCACUCAUCAGUGGUGUGUUCCUGGUGCUGGUGAAGGAGCUGAAUGCAAGGUUCAUGCACCGGAUUCGCUUCCCCAUCCCUACAGAGAUGAUCGUGGUGGUGGUGGCAACAGCUGUCUCUGGGGGCUUCCAGAUGUACACCAAGUACCACAUGCAGGUCGUGGGGCAGAUCCAGCAUGGCUUCCCCACCCCCGUGUUGCCUGUAGUUCCGCAGUGGCAGGACAUGAUCGGCACUGCCUUCUCACUGGCCAUCGUGGGCUAUGUCAUCAACCUAGCUGUGGGCCGGACCCUGGCCACCAAGCACGGCUACGAUGUGGACUCCAACCAGGAGAUGAUUGCGCUGGGCUGCAGCAAUUUCUUCGGCUCCUUCUUUAAGAUCCAUGUCAUCUGCUGUGCCCUCUCCGUCACUCUGGCUGUGGAUGGAGCAGGAGGGAAAUCCCAGGUGGCCAGCCUGUGUGUGUCCCUGGUGGUGAUGGUCACCAUGCUGGUCCUGGGCUCCUACCUGUACCCUCUCCCAAAGUCUGUACUAGGAGCGCUGAUUGCUGUCAAUCUCAAGAAUUCCCUCAAGCAACUGGCUGAUCCCUUCUACCUGUGGAGAAAGAGCAAGCUGGACUGUUUCAUCUGGGUGGUGAGCUUUCUCUCUUCCUUCUUUCUGAGCCUGCCAUAUGGUGUAGCUGUGGGUGUCGUCUUCUCCAUCCUGGUUGUGAUCUUCCAGACCCAGUUUCGAAAUGGCUAUGCUCUGGCCCAGGUCAUGGACACAGACAUUUAUGUGAAUCCCAAGACCUACAGUAGGGUCCAGGAAAUAGAAGGGAUUAAAAUUGUCACUUACUGCUCCCCUCUCUACUUUGCCAACUCAGAGAUCUUCAAGCAAAAGGUCAUUGCCAAGACAGGGGUAGACCCGCAGAAGGUUUUACUAGCCAAGCAGAAGUACCUCAAGAAACAGGAAAAAGGGAGAGUGAUGCCGACUCAGCAGAGGAAGUCUCUGUUCAUGAAAACCAAGACUGUGUCCCUGCAGGAGCUGCAGCAGGACUUCGAGAAUGCCACCCCCACAGACCCCAACAACAAUCAGAGCCCUGCUAAUGGCACCAGCGUGUCCUACAUCACCCUCAGCCCUGACAGCUCCUCAGCGACUCACUGUGAGACUCCAGGACCUGCUGAGGCUCCGGGAGAGCCCAGAGACCUACUGGCCAGUGUCCCGCCUUUUGUCACCUUCCACACCCUUAUCCUCGACUUGAGCGGGGUCAGCUUUGUGGAUCUGAUGGGCAUCAAGGCCCUGGCCAAGCUGAGCUCCACUUAUGGGAAGAUUGGGGUGAAAGUCUUCUUGGUGAACAUUCAUGCCCAGGUGUACAAGGACAUCAGUCAUGGUGGUGUCUUUGAGGACGGGUGUCUGGAGCACAAGCAUGUCUUUCCCAGCAUACAUGAUGCAGUUCUCUUUGCCCAGGCAAACAACAGACAAGUAGCCCAGAGAGAGAACUUCCACAGGGCUCCAGAGGACCAUGAACUCUCCUUGUAUGACUCAGAAGAGGACAGUCCUGGCUACUGGGACCUAGAGCAGGAUAUGUUUGGGAGCAUGUUUCAUGCCGAAACCCUGACCGCCCUGUGA